GUGAAUUUUGAUACCCUGCAUCUCGUUGUGACCGUGGAUCGUCGUCAUCAUUUCUAAUUUUCUUGGCGAUGGAUGUUGGAGGUGACUCAUCUCGUUGGAUGGUGGUCAAUGGCACCGGUGGUGGUGUGAAUGGGAACGGUAGUGGCCAGCAUCCCAAUGGGGGUUCUGGUGUCGGUAGCGGUGGUGGUGGUGGUAGUGGUGGAACUGGCUCUGCAACAGAUACCAGUGGCCACUACGGCAGCCUCGCUCACCAUCACGGUUCUCUGUCGGGCACCACCGCCGGAGUUUCGGGGGAUCGCAUCCCGUCCGCUCACUCCUCAUCAUCCGUAGCUCCUCUUCAUCUAGGCGACUCCGCACAAUUUGGUGUCUCGCAUCAUGAUGAGGUGGAUGUAUACUAUCACCACACCGGUGGUUUAGACGGCAACACCACGAACCACGUCGGGGCUUCAGCGGCACAUCACGCCGCAGCCAGCUAUUAUUCGGGAUCGGCCGCAGCGGCUAGAGCAGCAGCCAUGCAUGGCUACAGACCUUCACACGCUGGAGUAGCAAGCAGUCAAGUUUGCAGACCCCAUUUCCACACGCCAACGUUUCAGUGGUUGGACAGCGGAAAGUCCCUUCACGGGGUCCAAGGAUCUGGUGCUUGGUGUGGUGGUCCAUUUGGAAGUUCAGCAACUCAUCCCGGUCCUACAAGUUCCUACACGUUACCGGCAUCGACGCCAAUCCAACCGAGUUCGCACGGUCACCCAGGAUCCGUCCCUUCGACAGCUACACAUCAGGGCAACGCAGCGGCUGCCGCAGCAGCACACUACUUCAGCUUCCCUCCGACCCCACCAAAGGACAACACCCCAGAUAACAUAAUUACCCCUGUGAGCAUACACUCGGCCAACACCGACUACGGAACCGAGCUCAAGAACGGGACAUCGUCGACAACGGGCAAACACAUUCAGUGUAAUACGAGUAACGGCGUGAGUUCCUUGGCGUCGACUUCAGCCAUGAGUUCCAGUGCACUAGACUCGGCCUAUUCUCAGGCACCUCACCAUGUUCCUGCGGCUUAUGCGUCGUUCAUGUCUGAAUUGCCAAACAGCGCUCUGAACUUUCACCAUCCAGGAGUAAUGGGGAACAGAGGUUUAGCUCCAGCACCCAAACCAAGAAACAAAAGCAGAUCCACAACAGAGGGCCGAGAAUGUGUAAACUGCGGCGCCACCUCAACACCGCUGUGGAGACGGGAUGGUAAUGGUCACUAUCUUUGUAACGCAUGCGGUCUCUACCACAAAAUGAAUGGACAGAACAGACCGCUUAUCAAACCAAAACGGAGAUUGUCUGCUAAACGAACGGGGACAUCAUGUGCAAAUUGUCAAGCUACCGCUACAACGUUGUGGAGGAGAAACCCCAACGGAGACCCUGUCUGCAAUGCAUGUGGGCUCUACUACAAACUUCACGGGGUCAAUCGCCCUCUCACCAUGAAGAAGGAAGGCAUUCAAACACGGAACAGGAAGUUAUCAUCCAAGUCAAAGAAGAACAAAGGCAAGCUGGGAGUUGAUGGGCUCCGUGCCCUGUCCCCCGAAGACAUGCAUCGGUUUGCUACCUUCAGCGAUCAGGCAUUCGGCGCCGCACACUACCCCCACCACCACUCAUCAACGGCCAUGGACUACGGUAUGACGACGGCGUCGGCCUACGCUUCGCACGCCCCGUCUGUACCAUACCCGACAUCGGGCAUCUGUAACUCGCUCUACCCGGGCACGACGACGCACCACGUGCCGGGCGUACCGUGCAGUUUAUCGUUAUCGUCACCGGCGACCAACAUGGUGGGCGCUCUGGCGUAAAGGACCAAAAUCCAUUACGGACUAUAACUUAAAGAACUUAAUGCGAGCUGGACUCUGGGAGAUAUACAAAUACCGUCAUUUCCUAACAACUUUGAUUUCGCAAAAGUCGACCAGAUGACGGGAGGAAAAUGGAACAUUACGGUACAUGAAAAGUGAAAUGGUCGCUGAUACAUCCAUUGUUUAGAGACAGCAGCCAAAGACAAUCUUAUCUUAUUGCAUGUAGAUAUCUGUACAAAUGUGUAUAAAGCCUAUUUGUAGAAGUAGAGUGUAAGUAAUUUUUUAAACAAGUAUUCAUCGUGUGGAAUCAUUUUCUCCUCGUUUAUUCAGCUCCCAUUCUUACUUGCCAAAUUACCUAGCUAUGAACUGAAUGAGAGACAAUGUUAAGUCCGUUGCCGCGAAGAAGAUACCAAGAAAUUUUACAUUUAUUUUGUUUUAUACAGCCUUCCCUGCCACGGUUUUUUUAUAUUUUUUUUUCUUGAUGUACGAAUAAUUUAGAUACAAAUUUAAAUUGAUAUCGUCAUCUCUUAUAAGCCAGCCAUCACUGCCUUUAUGUUUUAAGAGAUAUACUAAUUUCAUGAGCGGUUAGUUCAAAACGAGCAGUGCAGUUCUUUGGAAUAGGUGAUGGAAAUUUGUCGCUAGAUGGCGGUAUUCGUUUCCGAGUUUGCUUCGCCAUGAAUCUCGCCGACAUCAUGUGAAUUUUGGAGAAGCUAAGCUGUUAACAUUUUAUAGUUCACUAAUCCCAAAAUUUCUAACAGGAUCUUGGGGGAAAGGGGCGUUGCAAACAUUCGUUAAAUGACGCAAAGCAUAAUGUAAUACUGACUACAGUAAACCAAAUCACAAAGGUGAUUUUUGUUGUUGUUGCAUGUUUGUAAAUGAUCAUAAUUUAUAUUUAAACAAUUUACAACUUUUGAAUGGUUAGCAUGUGCUUUGCAGAUACGAAAUGAAUGAUAUUAUGAUAUACACAAGAUCCUGUUAUUUAUCAGAACAAUUGCGCCAUACACCAUCUGUACAUGACACGUCUAUACCUAUUUCGUUCGCUGCCGCCAUGUUGUCAUUCUGGUAUGAGUCGGUAAAAGUUAUCACUUUUGCACAGUAAUAUGUAUCAUAUGGCUGUUUUUUUUUCAUUGAUGUUUAAAAUUUAUUGGGUAUUUUUUUGCACCCAUCGUUUUGUAAACUAAAAUAUCAUUUGGUUUUCACAGUUCGAUAAUAACAUUAUUUACAUUUUUUUAUCAUACCCGGAGUAUUUCUCAUUCAAAAUUAGGUGUUCUCACAAUAUUGCUUAUUAUUUUUUUAAAUUAAUGUAUCAGUAUUAUUUAUAUCAAAAUGUUCCCAGAAACUGUUCGUAUUAUCCGUGUGAAUUACGUUGUACUUAAAAUACAAAUGAUGUACUUAGAAAUAUAACCAUACCCACCUAGCUAAUCAGAAUGGUGUCCACCUUCAGAGAUAAUGGUGGAAUAUCUCUUGUUUAAUAAAAUUUUUUGUUUUCGUUAUUACGUGUAAAUCAUUACCUCAAGAUCACAUCGGGUAUAAAAGAACAAUAAAUAGCAGAGAGAAAUAGGCAUUAUAACAACGGAGGAAUCGGCACUACAAAUUAUUUUGAAAAAUAUGUAAAUGGACACGAAAGGACAAAAAAAUAACAGAAAAAACCCAACAAAAUACACAUACUUAAUAACAUUCACACUCGCAAUACCCAUUUAAAUAAAGUAACCAAAAGAGAGAAAACUUAAAAUAUUAGCUACAGGGACAACAACAAUAACAAUGAUAUAAAUAAUUAGAACUGUAUUCAAUACAGAAGAAAGAAAAUCAACGACCCCUUCAACUAUAAAAUUUAGUAUAACAGAUAUGCUACAACCAUGACAACGGCAACAGCUUGAACACUGUUGAAAGGAACACUAAACGGGUUUUGACACUUAUUCUUUCUCUUCGUUAGAAAUAAGUUGUAUUUUUCUAGACCUAAGGUGGAUUUACCAUCGCUCUUUAUAUUGGACUGUAACUUAAUUUUUGUAUGAAACUAUUUAUUUCACUACCCCCUUUCAACUAAUGUAAAUAUCAUGUUCCGUUGUCAUCUCUAAUUAUCUCGUCAUAGUUUCGAACGUUAGCAUUUCUCAAACGGGCUAAUCUUAUCAACUGAUGCCUUUAUCUUUUCUUUUUAUUAUUAAAUAAAUGAAUUUUCUGAUUUUUGUGCACAGUAGAAAUCUGUGAUGUUUAAACAUGUUUUGUCCUGGUUUGUCAUGCCCAUCUGUAUCGGGUGAAUGCAAAAGUACACAUACAAUGUGAGUAUUUCAGUAUGUAACUCCGAAAAUGUCAGUCAUUGGUUCUUUUAAGUAUGAACAGACGGCCAGUAUAACACUGCUAUAGCUUAUUGUUUCGUGACAGACCAAAGAGUUUGUGUGGAUGUGUUUCUACAUCAACAGUUACUCUGCUAGAUUUUAUCCAAAUUGUAAUGUAUGCUUUGAUAAUUUCGAGUUUGUACAUGGAUUUUACUUUUUUGAGUCAAAAGAUUGGUUCUUCGGAAUGAUUUACGUAAACACAAGGAUCACCCCCUCCCCCGGAAAAAGGAAAUAAUUAAUUUUUAUUCUUUGAUAAUUCUCAUCCAAUUAAAAUUUGAAUAUUCGAAUUGAUUUUACUUUUAAGCCUACAUAAAGAUUUUUAAAGUAACGAUCAACAGACAAGGAUCAACAACAACAGCAACAAAGAAAACCGCCAUAAAUUUAAUUCAUAAUUGUAUUUGUAUUCCUGGGGAGUUACUAUGGCUGUUACCAUGGUUGCGAUAGUUGAAUAUGUCACCAAACAAAUGAAAUUGUACAAACGUAUUAUUAAUUGGUUUGUGUGCCAUAUAGAGGUUAUUGUUUCAUGAUCAUCUAUACAGUGUUUCUGUAUAAAUAAAUGCGCAUAUAUUUAAAUGAGCGAUUAAAUCUAUUCCAAAUAUA